UAUGUCUAGUAUUUUAAGUUAUUUUAAUUUUGUUAUAUCCUUUAUUGGUUAUAAUUGUAUGUAUUUUGUAGCAAUGAUCGGAGGCGAAUAAGAUGAAUAGGAGUAAGAUUGAUUCUAUUCACAUGCAAGGAAGUGCCUCUUUUGCACAGGGAAUGAAGAGAAUGGGACUAUCCGGAGUCGACACCUAUGCUAAAUUCUAUCAAAACAAGAGUGGCGAGUUUAUGACCGAGGAGGCGAGGCAGCGUCAUGAAAAAAUGUUAGAAUUGAGAGAGCAGGCGACGAGAGAGGUUGGAUCUGAUGGUGAUACUGGAUCGCAGCAGGUUUGUUUGAUGACAGAUGAUACGAUUUUGGAUACCAUCCUCGGGCGGCAGCUAGGAUCUGGUCAUAGCAUGCGGUCCAAAAAAUCAUGCAGUUCGUCAUCCGGCCGGUCUGAUGAUGCAUCGGUGCCAGAGGCAGUUAGGACAUUCAUGAGCAUGAUGCAAGAUCAGAUUAGUUACUGGAUGAAUCGUAGUCAGACGCUCGAGAGGAUAGUAGCUACGGUGGCAGGACGGCUCGGUAUUGAUGCUUCUGAGUUAGCACCUCUAUAGUCACAUGAUGCCGCCUCUGCACCACCAUCGUGAUACAUAUCGGGUCAGGGAUCGACGCCUGGAGAAGGGAACGAGGCCAACGAGUCAGAUCAUACUUAGUUUGUAGUUAUUUUAAAUUUAAAAUGGUGUAUGGACUUAUAUUUUUGUAUAUGACAAAGAUAGUUAUGAAACUUUUCGUUACUUG